AUGAACCACCUGCCCCAAAAACGUGAGAACCUGGAAUCGAUCAGCCUCGUCACGCAGAUUCUUUGUUUCACUAUUGUUUCGCCGCUUAUUAUUCUACGGCUGUUUGCAAAGUUCAAGUUGCAUCACCCCUUCGGUGUAGAGGAUGCCGGCAAUGUUAAUUCAUACAGCACGGGCGAUGAGAUCAAGUUCAAAAUAUUUUACAUUGCGACCAUGUUUUACGUUCCAAUGGUUCUCUUGGUCAAGACAUCCCUUAUUUAUACACUCAUACGACUAUGGAGCCCUUAUCGGGCCAAGGUUGUCUCUCUCUACAUCUUCUUGACUAUUCUUUGCGGCUAUUACACCAUCAUCUUUCUCGUCAAAGUCUUCACCUGCAACCCGAUCCACUUGUUCUGGCAAACCGACAACCACGAUGGGACAUGUCUUAACCGGGCCGCGAUCAUCAUCGCCGACUCUGUGAUCAGCGUCGUCACUGAUUUGGCGAUCCUGAUAUUCCCCAUUGCUCUGACUUGGACUUUGCACAUGCCAGUGUCUAAGAAGGUGCACGUGAUUGCUAUUCUGGGAGCUGGCAGUUCUGCGAUUGCUUUCAGUAUUUAUCGCUUGAUUCUGGUAAUUCGCGAUAAAGAUACUUCUCAUCACGUUCAACUUUUCAUGAGAGUCUUACUUUCAGAUAAUGCGGAGGGUGGUCUAGGACUUAUAUGCACAUGUAUUCCCGCAGUCAGUAAACUAUCCAGCGAGAUGAGCGGAAGAUACAAGCGCAAACACCGGAAAUGUGGCUUACCAAAUUGCCUGUGGACAUGCUCUCGUCCCGCUCGAGAUCAUGAUGAAGAAGGCGUGGAUGCGUUGACAUAG